UCACACACAUAUAUAUAGCCACAAACUAACCGGCUCUUGAUUUGGUUGAACUCGUGAAAUUCAUCUCGUGGGGUUGCUUGUAAUUUGAUUAGAUUUUGUGGGUACCAAUCACAAUUUGCUCUAAUGGAGGAUUGCAAUUUCCCUCAGGGCUCUCUUUUUCUUGGAUUUGAUAGCUCUACUCAGUCACUUAAAGCAACAGUGUUAGAUUCCAACCUCAACAUUUUCGCUACAGAGAUUAUUAAUUUUGAUUCAGAGUUACCUCACUAUAAGACCAAAGACGGUGUGGUUCGUGAUCCAUCAGUUAAUGGACGAAUCGUUUCACCAACACUGAUGUGGGUUGAAGCAUUUGAUCUCAUACUGGAAAGACUCGAUAAAAAAGUGGAUUUCAGUAAGAUUGCUGCUGUGUCUGGUAGUGGACAGCAGCAUGGUAGUGUAUACUGGAAACCAGGUAGUUCGGCAAUAUUAUCGUCACUAGACUCAAAGAAACCUCUCGUUGGUCAAUUCUGUGAUGCCUUUUCAGUCAGCGAAUCACCUGUAUGGAUGGACAGUAGCACUACCGAACAAUGCAAAGCUAUUGAGAAAGCUGUUGGCGGCGCAAUGGAGUUGUCUAAGCUUAGUGGGUCUCGUGCUCAUGAGAGGUUUACAGGUCCCCAAAUCCGCAGGAUAUAUGAAACACAACCGGAAGUCUAUAAGAAUACAGAGAGGAUCUCCUUAGUUAGCUCUUUUAUGGCGUCUAUACUUAUCGGGUCAUAUGCUUGCAUCGAUCAAACAGAUGGGGCAGGAAUGAACUUGAUGGAUAUCAAGCAGAGAGCUUGGUCAAAAACAGCCUUGGAGGCUACAGCACCAAAUUUGGAACAGAAGCUUGGAAAAUUAGCUCCUGCACAUGCUGUUGCUGGUUUGAUUGCUCCCUAUUUUGUGGAAAGGUUUCACUUCAACAAGGACUGUUUAGUUGUACAAUGGUCUGGUGACAAUCCUAACAGUCUAGCAGGCUUGACACUCAACACUCCAGGGGAUCUCGCAAUCAGUCUUGGUACUAGCGAUACUGUAUUUGGGAUAACUAACAAACAUCAACCAAGAUUAGAAGGACAUGUCUUCCCUAAUCCUGUUGAUACAGAAGGCUACAUGGUAAUGCUGGUUUAUAAGAAUGGAUCACUUGCACGCGAAGACAUACGUAAUCGCUAUGCUAGUAAAUCGUGGGAGACUUUCAAUAAUUUUUUGCAGCAAACACAGCCUCUGAAUGGUGGUAAAUUGGGUUUCUACUACAAGGAUGAUGAAAUACUUCCUCCCCUACCAGUUGGUUUCCAUCGGUACAUUCUCUCAAAUUUUAAUGGAGACACUUCAAAUGGCCUCGUUGAAGAGGAAGUGAAGGAAUUUGAUGCUCCAUCUGAGGUCCGAGCAUUAAUUGAGGGCCAGUUCCUUUCUAUGCGAGCUCAUGCUGAAAGAUUUGGAAUGCCGUCUCCUCCAAAUAGGAUAAUAGCAACUGGUGGAGCAUCAGCAAAUGAUAGCAUUCUGAGCUCAAUUGCUUCCAUUUUUGGAUGUAAUGUAUAUACAGUCCAAAGACCAGACUCUGCUUCCUUAGGGGCAGCAUUAAGGGCUGCUCAUGGUUGGUUAUGCAACAAGAAAGGCAAAUUUGUGCCAAUAUCAGACAUGUAUAAAAGCAAGUUGGACAAGACGUCUCUUGGCUGUAAGCUUGCAGUGAGCGCUGGAGAUAAAGAACUGAUCACCAAAUAUGGUUUUGUGAUGAAGAAGAGAAUGGAAAUCGAGAAUCGCCUUGCCCAGAAGCUUGGCCGCUUUUAAAGUCAUGGCAUUGCAGGUAGGUAGCAUGUUUAAAAGUUCACCGAGUAUCAGACUCUUUUUUUUUUUGGGGGGGGGGGGGGGGUUGUUCAAUCUAAAUAAGAUUGAACAUAUGUGUAAAUAACGAAUAAUGAGGAAUGCUUGGAUGCUAUCUUCUUGUUUCUCCUUUGUUGCUUUUGGGUUGACGUAAUGUUGAUUCUUGAACUCAACUAUGGUGGUGAACUCAAUAUAGUUCUAUUUUGAAAAAUACAUAGCUUUACAUGCAACAAUA